AUGGCGGAGGGCGGUGCGGCACCCCCGUCCUGCGCUUCCUCCUCCUCCUCCUCCUUGAAGGGGCUGCGGGAGCAGAUGGUUGCUGCAGCCCAAGCCAUAGCAGAAGAAAGAAGGAGCCAAAGUGGCAUUAGCCCUCUUACAAUCCAGACCUCAAUAAAGACAGCAACUAAACCAGUGAUAGAUGGUUCCAUGCUAAGAACAGAAGAAAGGCAAAGACUGGCCAGGGAACGUAGAGAGGAGCGGGAAAAGCAACAUGCUGCCAAAGAGACACAAAUCCUUGAAAAGGAGAGAAAAGCGAAACUCCAGUAUGAAAAACAGUUAGAAGAAAGGCAGAGAAAGCUAAAAGAAAUGAAGCAAAAAGAGGAACAACGUAGGGCAGCAGUAGAAGAAAAGAGGAAACAAAAAAUAGAGGAGGAAAAGGAGCGCUAUGAAGCAGUUCUGCAUCGCACCUUGGAACGGAGUCAGCGGCUGGAAACACGACAGAAGAGGUGGUCUUGGGGGGGCUCUGUAACUCCAGACUCAGAAGGCAAAACAGAACAGCAGAGCACAGAUGAAGGUGGAACUGGUGCCAGCAAACGUUCACCCUCCACAGCCAACCUCAAACAAGCAGAGCCUGCCAUGAGCAAAUGCCUGUCAUCAUCUGCAGCUCUUUUAAAUGCCUCAGAUCGAAGUACCACAAAGAGAAGUGCCUCAUUAAACAGACUGAAUAACAAAGUCCCUCCACAUUCCCAGCAGUCAGCACCCAAAGGUUCGCAGGUGGAACAGAAAGGAGGAACAGAAAAGAAGAGGAGCACAUCUUUGAGUAGGAUGCGUAGUAAACCCCAGUCCUCUCCAGAGCUAGAAAAAGUGAAAAAGGAAGAAAAACCAGCUCGUCGCUCCCAGCUCAGUCCCCUGGACAGUAGUGUCAUCAGCCGCCUCCUGGCCCCCACACAGGCCUCCCUAGCUAGGAGUAAAAGUGCUGCUACCUUGUCAGCUGAUGGACAGGACCCCUCAGAAUCUCACCUCUGUCCUCGUUCAGCUUCAGCCAGUUCCAUCAAUUCCCCAGUCCCAGCUCCUAAAGUGCCGGUGCGCAGCCGUAGCAUCGACAGGUUGAAGUCCUCUGUGUCUUCUGAUGCAAGUUCACCUGAUUCAACCCAGAAGUCAGAGACAGAAAAACCAUCCCCAGGUUCUGGUUUGAGGCGCCCUCCCUCACCAUCCGUGUCUGCCCGUAGAAGAUCCCCCUCUCCUGCUAAUUUGGUGAAGCGUCCUCCAUCCCCUUCUGCAGUCAGACAGAAGACUCGCCCACCUUCACCUGGUGUGUCAAAACAAAGGCCACCAUCUCCUACUCCAGCCUCUAAAUCAGCACCCAUUCAGCGUCCAUCUCUCACACCAGGUGUUAUAAACAUUACCAAAAAGAAAACUGAAACAGAGAGUAAACCAAAGGAUAAGAGCAUAGAAGGAAUAGGACAAGAGCAAGGUGCUUCCCCAGCCUUGGAGAGGGAUGCAGGAGCAGCUAGCACAAAGACCAAAGAAGAAUCAGGUAGCAAAACAGUGGUAGGGACCACCACAGCUGAAGAAGCUGCUAAAAUCUUGACUGAGAAGCGACGUCUGGCACGGGAGCAAAGAGAGCGUGAAGACCAAGAAAGAAUUCAGAGACAAGAAGAAGAAAGUGAUAUGAAAUACGGAUCAGGAAUGUUGCAGAGAGAAGAAGCUGAAGCAAAAGCUCAAGAAGAGGCUGAAAGACAGCGACUGGAAAGAGAGAGGAUUAUGCAGCAAAAUAUGCAGGAAAGGCUUGAAAGAAAAAAGAGAAUUGAAGAAAUAAUGAAAAGAACACGAAAAUCAGAUCAAAAUGAAUCCAAGUUGCAGAAUGAAGGGAAGUCUGCCUCGGAGGUGAUGGAGGGAGAGGAUAUUGAAGAGGAGGAAGAGUUGGGUCUUGAGAAGACUGAUCAACCAGGAAAGCUAAAUGGUGUUGACUUGCUCCAGGAAGUCAAGAGGGAGGCAGAGGAUUGUUUAGAGACUGCACAAAGCAUGAUCUCUGCAGAAUCUGAGGCACAAGAAGAAUCAGAGUUGAAGGCCAGUGAAGUGUUCAUGAAUGGAAGUGACUUGAAAAGUGAUGAGGGGUCUCUGUCUGGUACUGAACUAAAGGAUUCCAGCCAUCCUGCAAAAGAAAUUGUUAUCAGUGACUUGGGGAAGUUGGAUGUUCAUGAAGCUGAUCAUAAAAUUGGACUUAUUCAGAAUCUUAAUGGAAAAUCUGGUUCAUGGACUUUUGAGGAGUUUAUUGACGUUGGAGUACAUUCCAAGUCAACCAAACUGAGCUCAGACAGCAUCUCUGCUGGUAACUGUAAUCAAAACUUGAAUGAUGCUGCUACAAAACCUUCUAGUCCCAAAUUGGCUUUUGAGGAAGAUGGUGCAGUGAAUUCAUUGACCAAACCUAUAGAUGCUUCAUCAGGUAAUCCAAGCUGACUUCCCUGUCUGUGUCUUCCCCUGGCUAGGCAGUUCACUUCCUUGCAUUUUGCUCUCCUUGCCUUAACUACAGCUUCUUAUUUU